AGAGAUUAGCUCUGGAGGACCAGGAUUCUAUAGAGCAGAUUUCACUAUUGAUCCAAUAAACCAAGUUAAAGACACUUUCAUAUCACUAAGAGGCUGGAACAAAGGGAUUGCUUUUGUCAAUGGUUUUAAUAUUGGAAGAUUCUGGCUGUCAGUUGGACCACAAUGCAACCUUUAUGUUCCUGCUCCUCUCCUUCAAAAGGGGGAAAAUGCUGUGGAUACAUGUCAAAGGAAGCUUUUGUCUCACGGUCAUAUAUGCACAUGAGGUAGCAGGCAACCGGGAUGAUUGCAGCACUAGUGAAACACAUCAAUCUAGAACUUGUGAUAGGUCCCCAAGAAGCAGAAGUCAUGCAACUGGAGAAUGGAGCAGGCGCAAGAGAUGGAGAGGGAGAGUUGAGUGGCUAGAAGUCACUCCUGAUUUUUCUUUUGUUGAAACCAGUCGCACUGGUGCCCAUACCUCAACUUGGAGUGCGCGAUCUUUCUUGGAUGAUGACAGGGAUUCGAGCCCAAAAUUCCAACAGUGGGAAUCCAACAAAAAAAAAUUAAAUCAAAUGGUUAGUGGUCCACGUAACUAUGCAGUAAAGUAUAAAAUGGCUCCUGUUGUAUGAUCAACUCAAACAUGGGCCACCCAUGACAAGGGCCCACAAGAUAGAUGGUCCUGAUGGCUCUAUUGCCUUUCAUGGUAUUCCAUCCAAGAAUACAUACUAAAUCAGAUCUUUUUGCUUCA